AUGAUCCAGUGGGCAAGGAGAUGUCAGGCCACCAGUGAGCUGCGGUCAUCUUCGGGGCAGUUCCUUUUCCUUCCUCUUGAGCUGCAGCUCCGUGUGUUGGAGGAGCUUGGUGGGCAGGACCUCUGCGCUGUUGAAGCAGCUUGCCGCGACUUGCGGCGCCUUGUAGCUGGGAAUGCAUACUUGUACCAGCGUGCACUAAUGGAGGACUUCAGCUGCGUGAUUCUACCUAUAUCUUGUCCAUCGAACUGGAAGGCUCAGUAUGUGGACAUGUUUAUUCGCGCGCGUCUGGAGACCCUCGAGAAGCAACGCCGCAUAUGCGAGGCCUUGAAGCAACGGCUGGACGAGCUUGAUGAUUUGCUGGGCGAUGCCGAUGAUGUGCGAGGAGUCCUUGGCGCACCGGAGCUGCUAACCAGCGAACCUUCUUUGGUCCUCGCCAUCGUUGGCGAUAUGGAGCAGCCGCUGGGGGUCACCCAACUCAGCUUUAGCCGGAGCAUCACCAUCAUCAUGGUCAUCAUCACCAUCAUCACCAUUACCACUUCCACCCAUCCUUUAAGGUCAUUCGACAUGCUUGCUGUAUGGGAAGCGCCAGGUAUGAUGUCCUGUGGGACUGUUUGA